CACCCAAGUAGGUAGCAGGCGCGAAAGCUAAAAGCACUACAAAUUUCUCCGUUCCAACAAAUCACUCUUCCUCUUCAUUUCAGCCGCUCCAUGGCAAUUGCUGAAGAAGCUCUCUGAAACUCAGAGGCGCGAGAGAAGAAGAGAGAAUCACACAAACAUUUUAUUCUUUCCUCGUUAGGUUUCUGCUCCCAAGCUCUCACUUGAACUUCUCGCAUGGCUUCCUCCACUUCAGUCGAUUCGUCUCUUUGGUGGGAUCCUUUCCAUCCGUUUCUUACCGAGCUCGAAAAUGUUUCCCUCUCAUCUACAGAACUUCCUCCUACGCUGAUGAAAAAGAUGGAUGACAACCAUGCUUGGUUCGUGGGUACAGUUUCACUCUUUAAGAAACCGAAUGAGAAAUCAAGGGUGGCUUUAGAUUCUCAGGAAGUUAAAAUUGGAGCUCACACGCUAUCUAUACAACCUGAGCUUAAAGCUAAAGCCCUCAAGUUGAGCUCUUAUUUGUGUUUGGAUGAGGUCCAAUCGUACAUUCUGGCUUCUAGAACCAUUGAACAUGAGAAUGUACAUGAAAACUCCCCAUUUGAGGAACUUCUUCACAUGGUUCUACUUGAAUAUUACAUUGAACGGCAGUGCUUGCUGAAAUGCACAAGGCGCAUACUCUUGCAUGCUUUAUUUGUUGGAAAUGGUUCCAAAAAAGGUGAUAUUUGUGACACAGCACUAAGACUGAUCAAUGAUGGAUUAGAAAACAAACUUAUAUCAGUCUUGCAGAGUCUUUUGUCCUCCUCUCACUCCGAACAGAUGGAUGUUGACCUUUUCACAUUUUGGGCUGAAGAGACCUUGACAGAAGAUAAUCUAAUUUUGGACAUUCUUUUUAUUGCAUAUUAUGAGUCAUUUGUUAGAUGCAAUGCUGAUCAAUGGAAAGCGUUGUGUCUGCUUUAUAAGGGAAUCAUAUCUGGUUCUUAUAACAUGGAAAUACUUGCAAUAUCAAGUGCGGCAAUACAUUCUUCUCGUCAAGUUAAAGUUCAAUUAUUAUUUAUCCUCAUGGAAACAUUGGACCUAGAAAGUCUUCUCCAGAUGGUUCAUGAUCAAACAACCUUCAGGCAUGGUGUGUCAGUUUUUACGUUGUCUGAUUUUCAAGAGAUGGACGCAAUAGUCUCUAGUUUGAAUGCUUUUGAAAUAAAAGAAGCAGGUCCUUUGUUACUAACAUGGGCAGUUGUCUUGUGCCUAAUAUCCUCACUUCCCGGAAAAGAGGAACACAAUGUCUUGCUGGAGAUUGAUCAUGUUGGUUAUGUACGUCAAGCUUUUGAUUCUGCAGCAUUCAAUUAUUUUCUUGAUAUACUUCACAGCGAUUUACUGAAGGAAUCAGAAGGACUUAUUGUUGGCUAUCGAAGUGUCUUGAGAACCUUUAUUUCUGCGUUUAUUGCAUCCUAUGAAAUUAAUCUUCAGAUGGAGGACACUACCUUCUGUUCAAUUUUGGAUAUUCUUUGCAAUAUAUACCGUGGGGAGGAGUCACUUUGCAUUCAGUUCUGGGACAAAGAGAGUUUCACUGAUGGUCCUAUUCGGUGUCUACUUUAUGACCUAGAAGGUGAAUUCCCUUUCAGGCUUGUGGAAUUUGUUCGUUUUUUGUCGUCUCUAUGUGAAGGAGCUUGGCCAGCAAAAUGCGUGUUUGACUUUCUAGAUAAGUCUGUGGGCAUAUCAUCCUUGUUUGAGAUUAAUAGCAGUACCUUGGUAGAUCAUAUCCCAGAGAUUGUUGAAACUCAACAGCCAUUACCUGUUCCUAGAAUGGAAGGAAUGUUGAUUCCCUGUAAAACACGUGGACGUGUAUUGAAAGUGGUUGGUGAAAAUACUGUUCUAGUACGUUGGGAGUAUAAGUUACCAGGGAUGCUCAUGUUGCUCAUGCGUUUGGCCCAAGGGAUGUAUUUGAAUAACGAUGAACAAGUUGCUAUACUUGACUUGUUGAGUCGGAUGAUUUCCUUUAAUACGGCUGUCUGUUUUACUUUGAUUGGUGGUACAAGCAUUUCGAAUCCUCAAGUUUCAGACGUAGCUCGUCCGACAGAAAAGAAUUUGUGGUUGGUUGAGGUCAUUUGUGUUCUCGUGAGAAACUUAUCUCCUGAUUCAAGUAAUGCUACAGUGAUGGCCAUGGGUCUAAAUAUUUUGUCAAAGAUGUUGAAAUGUUUCCCUGCUAUUGUCACUCCUGUGGCGCUCAAGGCCAAUAUUUUCAAUGUUGCUGGCCACGAUGCACUGAGUGAGUCAUGGCUUCAAUUUGGAAAGCUCGCAAAGAUGUUGCUUAUUGAUGUUGAGUACAACGAUUCUGACUCCCCACUGUCCAUAUCAUUACUGGACUUUACCAUGCAACUACUGGAGACUGGAUUAGAAAAUGAUGCUAUUGUAGCUCUUGUUGCUUUCUGUCUUCAGUAUAUUCUAGUUAAUCAUGAGUAUUGGAAGUACAGAGUUAAGCAUACUCGUUGGAUUGUAACUUUGAAGGUGCUUGAGGUGAUGAGGAGAUGCAUUCUUUUAAGUUCAGGCCCUGGAAAACUGGGGCCACUUGUCCAGAAUAUGCUUCUUUUUGAUUCUUCCAUCCAUAACACUCUUUUUCGAGUGGUUUGUACGACCAGACAAGCUCUCGAGAAACUAUAUAUUAGCCGUCUUUCUGAACCAAGGGAGAUCGAGGGUUUAGAGAAUGCCAUCUGUUCUAUCCUGGAUAUUUUUUUCAUCAUGCUUUCUGCAUUUUCAAAGGAUUCGUCUGCUGCACCUGCCGUGUUUCAUCAAGCAGUGAUAUCAUUGAAAACAAAACCCAUUCCUAUAGCAGCAGCGGUCAUUUCUUUGUUAUCUUAUUUUCGAAAUGUGGUAUGCAUCGAUUGGUCAAUUCAAACCAUCUUGUGCGAAGACUUCAUGAUGAGAGUACAAGUCGGUGCAGCAAGGGUACUAUCUAUGUUAUUUUUUAUAACAGACGAUUUGCAACCCCAUUUGUCUAGUGCAUGCUUUAGUCUUGAUGAUGAGCAAAUAGCAGAGUUGAGGCAAUCAAUUGAGUGCAUACUUCUUAAAAAAUCUGUGUCGAACGAAGAUCUCUUUGUUGCUGUAGUUAACAUGUUGACAUCGGCAGCACUUUAUCAGCCUUCUUUCCUUGUUACUUUAUUAGCUAGCAAGGAAAAUUUGAAUGGCCAACUAAAUGUCAGUGGUGGUGGGACUCAUCAAACUAAAGAUUCUUUGCAAGCUUCAUCAGGAUUGGAGAAAUCAAGUAUUAUUGAUGCGCUCUUACAAUAUCUGAAGGAAGCCAAUAAGCAUGCCAAAAGCAACCUCCGGAUACACCUGAAUGUACUCAACUUUAUCAAGGCACUUUGGCAGACAGCUGGCCCAUUUAUAAUGAUUUUGAAUAGGAUGAAAACUUCAGAGAAGGUUUUGGAACAAUUGACAGACGGUGUUUCCCACUUCGUUUCUGGAGAUGCUUGUGCCCCCAAAACUAUUGCUGCGAUGCAGGCUCUAAACUCUGCUUACAAAUAUCUAUCACUCUCAUCCAUGGUGGAAACAAUGUCAUAUGACAUUUUUCUGCAAAAAAAGAUGCUGCAUGGUGAGUCGAUUGCAGAACAACAGACUGGACCAAAGGACAAAGCUGCCGAUGCUGUGAGCAGUGAAAAUUCGAAAUUAUCCACGAGUCUCUCUGAUGUCAAGAAUAUGUUAUCAGCUGCAUGUGAUGGCUCCCUUUUAGCCAAGCUGACCAAGCUGCUUGCUUCUUGUGAAUUUGAUAAUGAAACAUAUCACCGUGCGAAGGUUGCUUCCAGUUUAUUCAUUGUGCAUGCGAUGUCCAAAUUAGCAACUGGAGACGGGGGAAGCUUGUCAGUUUCAAUGCUCGGGAAGAUCCAUGAACUGUUGCAAAAGCUUAUCAGUUUGCCUGCUUUUGCAGAAUUAUCAUCACAAUAUUUGCAGCGUGGUUACAGUGGAGGUGAUGAAUUGAACAAUCUGAUUUUGAGCGAUCUUUAUUAUCAUCUACAGGGAGAGCUUGAAGGCCGUAGUAUUGGCUCCGGAGCUUUUAGAGAGCUUUCUCUAUACCUUAUUGAUUCUGAAAUUUUCCAUUUUCACAAACAUAACUAUGAGGAUGAUAUUUUUGUGGCCAUCAAAGAUGCACACUUGUUUGACCUCGUGCAUAUACAGGCAGAUUUGGGUUUAGAUCUAUGGGAUUAUUCAGAAUGGAAAGAAUCUAAGGCGAUUGCAGCAAGAAUGCUUAGUUGCAUGGAGGAUGUAAACUCAAUGAUACUGGUCACCAGAUCAAAGCUUACUGCUUUGAGAGCAUUGAUAACCAUAUUAACUUUGAUGGCCGAUGAUACAUUGGAGAAAGGGACUACAAUUAGAAGAAAGCUCAUUGAUCAUCUUGUUAGAUAUUGCAUUGCAGACAUAUGGAAAUAUCUCGAUGCGACUAUUGAAUCAUUAGCAUUCGGUUUGGGUGCCUUCAAUUGUGUCCUUUCUUUUCUUACUGCUCAAUUGGAAUUGGUAAUUCUUCUUAUCAGAUCUGCAGAUAAAAUUGUGCCUCUGUCUGUUUGUGCACUUAUUUUAAAGACCUCAGGCUCCGGUCUUAAACAGUUGAGUUGCAUCCAACCGGUUGCUGGAGCUCAUAAGACAAUUAAUCUCUUGCUGAAGUUGGUUCUUUCUUCUUUGGAAUGUCAUGAUCUUAAUUCUUUUUCAGAUCGACAACAUAACUCUGAACAUGUAAAAGACUUGGCUGAGUUUUCUAAUGUAUUGUUGGGUCUUUUACCUAUAUUAUCUAGCUUUAUCACAAAUGCUGAGCACUGCACCCUGGCUCUGACUACUCUAGACUUGAUACUAAGAAAAUUUUUGUCGUCUGAGACAUGGCUUCCCGUCCUACAAAAGUAUCUUCAGCUGCAACAUCUUUUUCUGAACCUUCAAGAUGAAAAAAGUUUGUCUUCUGUCCCUGUGUUAAUGAAGUUCUUCUUGACCCUUGCUCGUGUACGGGGAGGUGCUAAUAUGCUCAUAUCAUCUGGUCUCUUGUCAUAUCUUCAGUUGUUGUUUACUCGAUUUUUGGAUGACAGUAUUUGCUCGCAAUCCAACUAUGACAAUCAAAAUCACCAACUAAUUUGGAAACUUGGAUUAGCUGUUAUCACUGCUGUAGUGCAAUCUUUGGGAGAUGGUUCUUAUCUUGAUGUUCUGGAUAAUGUAAUGAACUACUUUUUCUCGGAGAAAGUUUAUCUGAUCUCCUAUCAUCUCAAUGCACCAGACUUCUCCCCUGAUGAGCACGACAAGAAAAGGUCACGGACUCAAAGAACUAAAACUUCUCUCUGUGCCCUCAGGGAGACAGAGCAAACUCUCAUGCUGAUGUGUGUGCUAGCAAGACAUAGGAACUCUUGGGCUAAGGCAACUAAAGAAAUUGAUUCCCAGCUGCGUGAGAAAUGCAUACAUAUGCUGGCUUUUGUUAGUCGAGUUACUCAUUGCCAUGGAGAAUCUCCUGUGAAGGUUGCUCCUUUCACAUGCCCUCCUAAUCUCAAAGAGGAGUUUGAUCAUUGCAAGAAACCAUCGUUUAUCCACAGCAAAAGUGGAUGGUUUGCUCUUUCACCUCUCGCUUGCGGAUCAAAACCUGAGUUCACGGCACCCUCAAUGUCUUUGAUAGUUAAGGAUCAAACCACCGAAAAUGCAGAUCUAGUUUGUCCAACACACUUCUCUGAUAGUCUGGCCAUGCAUAUCUAUUCAAUUACAUUUCUUCUUUUGAAGUUUUUAUGCCUACAAGCUGAGGGUGCGGCUCAAAAGGCUGAAGAUGUGGGUUAUGUUGACCUCACACAUUUUCCGGAGCUACCAAUGCCUGAAAUUUUACAUGGGUUGCAGGAUCAAGCAAUGGCUAUCAUUUGUGAUCUCUGUGAUACCGAAGCAAAGCCUAUUGAUAUUGAUGUCCAGAAUUUCUGCCGUUUGCUGUUGCAAAUUAUGGAGAUGACACUGUACUUGGAACACUGUGUUGUGCAGAUUUGUGGCAUCCGAACCGUAUUAGGCCGAGUGGAAGACUUCUCAAGGGAAGUCAAACUAUUAUUGAAAUGUGUUGAGGGUCAUGCAUUCUUGAAACAAUCAGUAAAUUCCUUGAAGCAGAUACUGUCGUUUGUCUAUCCUGGCUUGGUGCAGAGUGAAAAGUUGUGAGGACUGAGCCUUGCAGGUGAAUGUUUUGAAGCAUAUAGAGAUUUCAAAUUUUCGUCAAAAGAGGCGUGAUUCUCUUACAUCUCUCUUUUUCAGAAGUGAUUUGAGAAAUUGUAGUAACUUUGUAUAUAUUUUCGGCUUUUCCUCUAUAGGCAUCUAAUUGUUUUAGCUAGAAUAGUAGUAGUAAAUCAUUAUGAAAAUGCAAGAUCCGUGUAUUGCAAGUUGCGAACUUAUAUGAUGAAAUCAGUAGGGAACAAUGAAAUAGAAUUGUACAAUUUCAACAUAAUUACAAGUGCAUUACUAGAUAAA